UUGGAUUCAUCUGCUGUAAAGUACUGGAAUCAAGAAACUCUACAGCUCUGUUUCUCAAAGUGCUUCAGGAUGUAAAUAUAAUCUGACCUUUCCCCGAUGGGCAGUUAAAUCAUGGACAUACAAAACGAUUUACUUUGGACUGUCCUUUCCAAAGAUGCUGUGGCUCCUCUCUUGAAUGCUCACUAAGCAUUUGUAGCUGACAAGGAAAGAAGGACGCGGUGAACUGGAAAGCUAUCUUAAAAUGAAAAUUACGAGCACAUCUUGCAUCUGUCCAGUCCUAGUGUGUCUCUGUUUUGUGCAGAGGUGUUAUGGAACUUCUCACCACAGCUCCAUCAAAGUGACCAGAAACCAGACCAAACACAUUGAAGGCGAAACAGAAGUCCACCAUCGUCCCAAGAGGGGAUGGGUUUGGAAUCAGUUCUUUGUUUUAGAAGAACAUAUGGGACCAGAUCCUCAAUAUGUUGGAAAGCUGCACUCCAAUUCUGACAAAGGUGACGGCUCUGUCAAGUACAUCCUCACGGGAGAAGGUGCCGGGACAAUAUUCAUCAUUGAUGACACCACGGGUGAUAUCCACUCCACCAAAAGCCUGGACAGAGAACAGAAGACCCACUAUGUGCUUCAUGCCCAGGCUAUUGACAGACGGACCAACAAGCCUCUUGAGCCUGAGUCAGAGUUCAUCAUCAAGGUUCAAGACAUUAAUGACAAUGCUCCAAAGUUCACAGAUGGGCCAUAUAUUGUUACAGUGCCUGAAAUGUCAGAUAUGGGUACCUCUGUUCUACAGGUGGCAGCUACUGACGCGGAUGACCCAACCUAUGGAAACAGUGCCCGCGUGGUGUACAGCAUUCUCCAGGGACAACCUUACUUCUCUGUAGAUCCCAAAACAGGAGUUAUCAGAACUGCCUUACACAACAUGGAUAGAGAAGCCAGAGAGCACUACUCGGUAGUCAUCCAAGCCAAAGACAUGGCGGGACAAGUUGGAGGGCUUUCAGGAUCUACAACUGUCAACAUCACCUUGACCGAUGUCAAUGACAACCCACCCCGUUUCCCUCAGAAACAUUAUCAACUCUAUGUUCCUGAGUCAGCUCAAGUGGGUUCAGCUGUUGGGAAAAUCAAAGCCAACGAUGCGGACACAGGCUCAAAUGCUGAUAUGACAUACUCUAUCAUAAACGGUGAUGGGGUCGGCAUGUUCUCUAUCUCCACGGACAAAGACACUAGGGAAGGAAUUCUUUCCUUAAGGAAGCCCCUCAACUAUGAGAAAAAGAAGUCCUACACCCUGAACAUCGAAGGAGCGAACACACACCUCGACUUCCGCUUUUCUCACUUGGGUCCUUUUAAAGACGCCACGAUGCUGAAGAUCAUAGUUGGCGAUGUGGACGAACCACCGCUCUUUUCCAUGCCUUCUUAUGUCAUGGAGGUCAACGAAAAUGCCAAGGUCGGAACCACUGUGGGCACGGUUUUGGCACAAGAUCCUGACAGUGCUAAUCGUGUAGUAAGAUACUUCAUUGACUACAAUGCAGAAGAGGACAGAUUUUUCAACAUCGAUGCCAAUACUGGAACAAUUAAGACUACAAAGGUUCUGGACAGAGAAGAAACUCCUUGGUACAAUAUCACAGUUUCUGCUUCAGAAAAUGACAAUCCUGCUUUGCUGAGCCAUGUCACAGUGGGUAUUAGAGUGCUGGAUGUCAACGACAAUCCCCCUGUACUUGCCAGGGAAUAUGAUAUUGUUGUCUGUGAAAAUUCUAAGCCUGGCCAGGUCAUUCACACCAUCAGUGCUACUGAUAAAGAUGAUUUUGCCAACGGACCAAGAUUUAACUUCUUUCUUGAUGAACAUCUGCCUGUGAACCCAAACUUCACUCUUAAGGACAAUGAAGAUAACACAGCCAGCAUUCUGACAAGGCGGAGGAGAUUUAGUCGAAGUGUUCAGGAUGUGUAUUAUCUGCCCGUUACGGUCUCUGACGGUGGAAUCCCCUCUCUCAGCAGCAGCAGCACCCUCACCAUCACGGUCUGUGCCUGCGAGAGAGACGGGCGCGUGCGGACCUGCCGUGCAGAAGCCUUCCUGUCGUCGGCUGGCUUGAGCACAGGAGCCCUAAUUGCUAUCCUUCUCUGUGUGCUCAUUCUCCUUGCAAUUGUAGUGCUUUUUAUCACCCUGAGGCGCAGCAAGAAAGAGCCCCUGAUCAUCUCGGAGGAGGACGUGCGGGAGAACGUGGUCACCUACGACGACGAGGGCGGCGGCGAGGAGGACACCGAGGCCUUCGACAUCACGGCCUUGAGGAACCCUUCUGCGGCCGAGGAGCUCAGGUACCGGCGGGACAUCCAGCCCGAGGUGAAGCUGGCUCCCCGGCCCCGGGCACUGUCCACUCCGGACAGCAUCGACGUUCAGGAAUUUCUUAGGCAAAGACUGGCCGAAGCGGACCUGGACCCCAGCGUGCCCCCGUACGACUCCCUGCAGACGUACGCCUACGAGGGGCAGCGGUCAGAGGCUGGCUCCAUCAGCUCCCUGGACUCGGCCACGACGCAAUCCGAUCAGGAUUAUCACUACCUUGGGGACUGGGGGCCCGAAUUUAAGAAGCUAGCAGAACUCUAUGGAGAAAUAGAAUCCGAAAGAACAACUUAGCCGG